UCCGUCUGCUAUGACCUUUGAACUCGCGAACGGAAAGCUCUGAUUGGCGGCGCAGUUACUACGUUUUGUGUUUUCCUCUGUCAGACAUGGCGGCGCCCAUGGAGAACGCGACUAAAGGCACACGUUUAUCGGGAAGCUCUACCAGUUUUCAGAAAAAAUCCCGCAGUAAACUGAUUCAGAUUCCUGGUACUAAACCGUCCGUUCAUACCGGGCAGCUCAUCGUCUCUUCCGGUGUUCCGUCACUGGACUGUGCUCUCGGCGGAGGUCUGGCAGUGGGAAGCCUGCUGCUUAUUGAGGAGGAUGAGUUUGACAGUUACUCACAUGCAUUGUUGCAGUAUUUCCUGGCGGAAGGGGUGAUGAGUGGACAUGAACUCUUUGUUGCUUCUGCUCAAGAUCACCCUGAUGACAUCAUAAAGGAUCUUCCAUCUCCACUUCAGGAUGAAGAUCCAGACCUUAAAAACGCAUCAUCGUCGAGCCCAGGUCAACAAGACGCCAUGAAAAUUGCCUGGCGCUAUCAGAACCUUCCUAAGUUCCAGAGCGUGCUGUCCUCUUCAUCUCGGUUUGGUCAUUAUUAUGACCUCUCCAAACAUAUGGAGCAAGAUCUUCUACAACAUGCCAAGAUUCACACGUUCUACCUGCCUGAAGAGCAACCAGCAUCUACACAUCUCAGUGGUGUUCUUGGACCCUACUCUGUGUUACUACACUCUAUCCAGUCGCUAAUCAGACAAAAUGGGUUUGAUGGAUCAAACUCACAGGUGAAGACUUGUAAUGUGCUACGACUUGCUCUUCACUCUCUGGGGUCAGGACUGUGGGGUGAUGAUCUGUGUGUUAGCCCUGCCCACAAUCACGCCCUGUCGACCUUUCUCUAUGUCCUCCGAGGCCUCCUACGUUCCUCCCUUUCUGUUGCUAUGGUGACAGUACCCACUCACCUCAUCAGGAAUAAAUUACUAAGAGGGAGGAUGACCAGGUUGAGUGACACAGCUAUUGCGUUGCAGUCGUUCUCCGCUGCAGAGAGAAACAACCCACUUUAUAAGGACUACCAUGGUCUUCUGCAUGUUAUCCAGGUUCCUCGGCUGAACUGUUUAGGGUGUGAAGUUCCCGAUACAAAGGACCUCGCAUUCAGACUGAAGAGGAAACAGUUCACCAUUGAGAGGAUGUAUUUGCCACCUGAUCUCUCUGACUCAGUAAGUCGGGUCAGUAAAGUUCAGCUUGCUCCAGUUUGUACUUCUGAUGGAACCAAACACCUGGACUUCUAGAGUGCAUCCUCCUCUUUCAUAUUAAUAGAUAUCCCUCACUGUCAUAAAACAACAUGUGUUACUCCAAAGCAAAACAUUAGUGAUAUUUUAAUCUUAAUUACUGUUGAUGCGUGGCACUAUGGAGAGAGAGAGAGAGAAUGUGUGUGUGAGAGAGCAAGAGAGAGACAGUGUAAGAGAGAGAGAUAGUGUGAGUGAGAGAGAGUAGUGCUUGUAACCCUGUUGGUUUCGCUGGGAUUAUUAGGAGUCUAAUCACCGAACCCUUCACAUUCAUUCACUCACACACACACACAUUCUUGUAAUUAUAACAUUCUGGGGUCAGUAGUCCCACGCAUGUGUUGUGGGGACACCACUUUCCUGAGGUCCUACAGAUCAGGCAUGUAUAAUUUAAGCCUGAGAACACAAAUAUCAUCUCAAAUUCUGGAUUUAAAUCACAAAAUUUCUGUGCUUGUUUUUUUUCCACACCUAAUGGAGACAUAAGACCUUAUCAUUAAUGAGGACCUAAUUUGCAUACACAGCAAAUUAGCUGGUUUUCAUGUUGCAGUGGGGACAUCACCAGAUAGUUAAUUUGCAUACACACAGAUCAGGUAGUUUAUAUAACAACAAGGGGACAUGGUUUUAAAAAACAAAGUUGUCAAUUUAACUCUAUAAUAAUUUACACAAAAUUACAAACUAAGUAUGUCUAAUUUAGAAGGAUGUCUGUAAAGCAGACAUGAUGUGUAUUUUCUCUAUUUGAAGGUUUAAGCUUCUCAUGAAAUUAUA